AUGCGCUUCUUCUUCUUCUUCUCUCUUCUCGCCAGCCUCGGGCUUACAAGCCUCUCGGCCGCCUCACCUUUGGCCGGCCGCCAGGCUCCCGGCGCGCAAAACGUCGUGUACUGGGGCCAAAAUGGCGGCGGCACCAUUGAGAACAACGACCUCGCCGCCUACUGCCAGCCCAACUCUGGCAUCGACGUGCUCGUGCUGUCCUUUCUCUACCAGUUUGGCCGCGACAACAACAACAUCCCCUCGGGCACCAUCGGCCAGUCGUGCUUCAUCACCCAGGCCGGCCAGGGCCAAAACUGCGAAGGCCUGACGGCGGCCAUGGCAAAGUGCCAGGGCGCCGGCGUCAAGAUCCUCCUCGCCCUCGGCGGCGCCGCGGGCUCCUACUCGCUGCAGUCGCGCGCCCAGGCGGAGCAGAUUGGCCAGUACCUCUGGGACUCGUACGGCAACUCGGGCAACACGACUGUCCAGCGUCCCUUUGGCAAGAACGCCAUUGACGGCUUCGACUUCGACAUUGAGCGCAACGGCGGCAGCAGCCAGUACUACCAGUACAUGAUUGCCAAGAUGCGUGAGAAUUUUGCAAAGGACACGUCCAAGAAGUACUUCAUCACCGGUGCUCCUCAGUGUCCCAUCCCAGAGCCCAACAUGGGCGAGAUUAUCAGCAACAGUCAGUUCGACUACCUCUUUGUCCAGUUCUACAACAACAACAACUACACCGUGCCGUGUGCUCUGCCCAUCAACGGCAACGCUCCUUUCAACUACAAGAACUGGACCAGCUUCAUCUCCUCCACGCCUUCCAAGGACGCCAAGAUUUUCAUUGGUGUCCCGGCCUCGACUCUUGCUUCCAACGGCAGCCCCAGCGGCGCCACCUACUACGCCACCCCGGAACAGCUGGCCAUCAUUACAAACGAGUACAAGAGCGACGCGCACUUUGGAGGCAUCAUGAUGUGGAGCGCCGGCUUCUCCGACUCCAACGUCAUCAACCGUUGCACCUACGCCCAACAGGCCAAGCACAUUCUCGUCAAGGGCGGUCCUUGCGGCACCGAUGGCCCUCCUCCCAUCACCACCACCACCACCACUCCGCCGGGCACCAGCCCUACCAGUUCUUCACCCCCGGGGCCUUCCCCGACCGGCACCGUCCCUCAGUGGGGCCAGUGCGGUGGGCAAGGAUACAACGGACCUACCGAGUGCCAGCCCCCAUUCACUUGCAAGAAGUCGAGUGAAUGGUGGUCAUCUUGCCAGUAG